UAAAUUGAUUAUUUCAAACAAGUACCGAUAUUCUUGGGUGUUGGACUUGUAUCGUGCAGCUUUAAAAAUCAUUUAUUCUUUUAAAGUAUCGACUGAAAGUGUAAAGAUCUAUUCUAAAACGCCACAUACGCAUCCGUAUCCGCAUCCGGCCCCAGCGGCCAACGACAGUCAAACAACAGCGACGCAGUGCGUCAACAAUGUUGCGAGGCGAGAAAGCAGCGUGCAAGCGACGGACGACCGGUAUACGAGCACUUAUAAGCUGAUGCACUGCCAUUCAACGCCGACUUCCCCACCGGAGCACGUGACAGAGUUCCCGCCACAGCGAACCGACAUGACGUGUCCCGGUCACGGCAACUUCAUAGUGGGAGGUGCAGGAAGUGGUGAAAGCUAUUGUUGCCCAAUAAGGAGCAGCGAGUUCAGAGGUGCCAUGUGCUGGCCAGACAGAGGUUCAGUGUGCAGCCCCAGGCCCUCGCUGCAGCCCGACUCGUUCGCCACGUCGCUUCGGAAGUACCCCAACAUCUGCCAAGACCGCUCCUCGGAGAUAAUCGAGAGGCUCAUUAACUUCACUCAGGCUAAGAAUUCUUGCAGGGAUAACAGGAAUACGUCGCCAUCUCGUAACGGAGAAACGAAUUUGUCUAAUCAAACGUUCUGUGUAAACGCGAAACCCAGGAACACAAACGCAGAGAAAUUCAAGAGAGGCUAUCAGCCUGAAGUUACCGUCAAGCCUAAGAGAUUUGAAGAAUCGCGUGACAUAUUUAAACAGGACCGACACGAAGUGAGGGCAAUGGAUACAUGGAGGAAACAAACGCACUGCAAGACGAACGACGUCAGGUACCUUAGGGAGGUGUCGAGGAGUGUUAGAGAGGGCAUACGAAGUUUAUCGGCUCAGGCUUACAACAGACCGGAGAGAUUAAAUCCGAGAGAAAGGUCUUCUAAUGAUCAUCGAAAAACUCCACAGCAGUGGGUUAGUUCUUAAGCGAAAAUAUAUAUCACUAGUUUCCGCCCGCGGCUUUGCACGCUCAUGAAAGAGAGGAGGAUAGGUGUUAGGCGGUCGUGCAGAUGAUGACAAGAGAAAUUAUGACGUCACCGAGGAUCGUGCCCUCUCUGAAAACGACAGCGGUACCUCUAACACCGACAUCAUCGAAAAUUGAGCAAAAUUUAGAUGAAGGGAAUACAGAUGUACCCAAUGUUUGUGGAGGGCAGACGUUAAAUCAAAGUAAA